AUGAGUAAUUGGGUUGAACAACCACAAAUCAUUCACCUUUUCCUUCCGUUUCGCCCGUUUCGUCAGGUGUCGGCUUCGGGCAAGGGCGUGCUAAUCACCGGCUGCGAGGCCCCGCUGGCCUGGUACUUGGCCAAGAAACUGGACGAUCUGGGCUUCACCAUCUACGCUGGCUUCAACACCCCAAUCGAGGAGUCGGACGAGGCUGGCAUUCUCAAGGAGGAGACCUCCGGCCGCAUGAAGCUUCUGCACUUGGACGUUACGUCGGAGAAAACCCUUUUGGAGGCUGCCCACUUUGUGUCACAGCACCUGCCGCACGGCUCCCAAGGACUGUGGGCUGUGGUGCACUGCGCCUACUGGAUAGCUUUGGGGGAGCUUGAGUGGAUUCCAUUCGCUGUGCUGCGCAAAAGCUUGGAUCUCAAUCUACUCGGAGCCGCUCGCCUCACUCAAAUCUUCCUGCCGCUGGUCCGUCGUGCCCAUGGACGCGUGGUGUUCCUCACCUCCGGCCUGAUCCGCGUCCCAUCGCCCGUGCGUGGCAUCCAGUGCACCACCCAGGCUGCCGUCGACUGCUUUGCCGCCUGCCUGCGCCAGGAGAUGCGCACACGAGGCGUGGAUGUGUCUGUGGUGGCGGCGGGAUAGUUCGCUCCUGGCAAUGGCUGGCUGAAUGAGGCGGAACUCCGCGACCAGGCCAAGCAAAUGUGGAACCAGCUAUCGUCGGAGCAGAAGAAGACCUACGGCGAGGAUUACUACGAGGCGGCCAUGACGUCGGUGGAGAAGUAUUCCCGCGAGGCCGCCGAUAUCCAGCCCACGCUGCGUGUCCUAAUCGGCGCUGUGACCAGGACCUUCCCCACGGAAGGUGACGCCCGUGACGGCCAUGGAAAAGCUGCAGAUCUUCCUGGCCGAGCACCUGGCCCCCUCCCUGUACGAGUCGGUAUACGAGUCGAAGUUCGUCUACUGAUCCGAGAACACCCAGACACCCCAGGAUCAUGCCCAUGCCAGCCCCGACCAGCCGCCCCUUGGAAUACUAUUGAUUGCUUAUGUCCCUUGUGCCAUGUCCCUCGUGGCUCCCUCGUGGCUCCCUUUUGUAUAGGGCAUUUAUAAGAAAACUGUCAAAGGAGGAGCGCUGACGGUCGUCAAUGAGCAUUUAGCUAUGUUUUUUCCCGAUUAUUUUGAUAAUUAUUCUCAAUUUAUGGCAAUUUCCCGCGUAUCUGCAUAAUGUUAUUAUCCUUAGUUGCUAGAACGAAUUGUGAAACGAUGAAUGA